AUGCCAUCAAGCAAUCCCCAGCACCCGUUAAACCCAUUUGUUGAAGACGUUAGCGAUGAAGCAAAUGGGAAUCCUCAGUCAAGACAUUUUGACGCACAGCGCAAGCUAUUCUCAUGGUCGGAGAUUUGCAAUCAGCAUGAGUCCGUCCUAUUGUCUCAUCUGGAGAUGCUGAAUGGUGUGAAGAACCAAGUCGCGGGCGACGGGGACUCCUUCCGACUGGUUUCUUCGAUGGCCGACAAGACGAACAAGUUAGUGAUGCAAUUCAGGGUAAUCAAGAAACAACUCAUGAAUAGUAAGUCUGGUCCCGAUUUCGGCCGACAUCCAGACAGGGAAAAGGAAAUUGACGAGGACGAAGAACGGAAUCCCUCUACGGGUGUGCCUGAGGCAGGGGGAAAUGGCAACAGUGACUCGUUACGAUGUAAUCACCCAAAAGAAAGAGAAAGAGGAGGGAAGAAGCACAAGCGGGCGAGAGUGGACGAGGACGCGGAUGAGGAUGUGGAAGUCAUGCAGGCAGAGCUCCAGCUGAUGCAGGCGCAGGAGGACCGGCCGUAUGCGGCGAUUUCUCGGGGUUCGAAGCGCAAGCGGCUGGAUCUAGCUAUUCCCGGCGCCGAGCAGGAAGUCGCAGAUGUGAUGCCUGUGGCAUUAGAGACGGAGGAUAUUUCAGAGGAAGUCCAGCGGCGAUUGAAAAUCAAGGAGGAGCGACGCAAGAAGAGAGAUGCUAAGCCCGAGAAGAGGAAACGGGAUAGUCUUGCGUCGAACGGGAGCGCUUCUGCCUCGUCGCCUGGCGGUGUCGCAAGGCCUAGGAAGAAGAAGGUCAAGGCUAGUGGUGCAGGAGAGGAGGGGAGUGCUGAGACCCCCAAUUCUUUCUCGCAGACAUCAAGUGGCAAAUUUGGAGCGAGAAAGCGCGACCCAGAGAUUCUGGACGAAAUGACAUCGACGUCAGAAGUGAGAAAAAGACAGCGAAAAGUUUCCUGA